AAAGGGAAAGACAAGGCUGAGUUGCCCCUUCUACCAUCUGAGGUGGAAUACGGAUCCUUCUUUGCUGAGUUUGUUCUAUGGAAUAGGCCCUCUCACUCUAUCUCAUGUCGGAGAAGAUUAUGUAUGAAUUGGAAUAGCCACGAACGUGUAAGAGGUCAGCUACUUAGUGGAUUUGAUUUAAGGUAUCUCUUGAUCGAAGGGUUCAAGCCGCUAAAGCGGAAACUGCUAUCUCUUCGCCUGAAGCCUUGUGGAUUGAUUGUGGGAUUUAGGCGUGUCACGCCAACCAUCUUCCAGUUCCUGGAUAAUCGUUCCCAGAUAAUGCUUGCCGCAGGGGCUAACCCUAUCUUCGCGCAUACUUCCUUGGUUGUCUGGGAGUUGAAUCAGAAGCAUCGAAUGAAAGGUUCUUUCCAAGACCAUCCGCUAUGGACUGCUGUUGCCGGGCGAGGGUCUAUCUUUUCCUGGUAGUCCACGGGAUUUUACUCUGGGGAAGCUCAUUCCUUGGAUGGAUCAUAACUUAUACAAAGGAUAGUCUCUGUAAGAAGGACCAAAGCGCACAAGCAAGACUGAAAGAACCUAGACAUUCUUGCCAGUCAUAACAACCAGAACGGGUUAGCCUUCGUUUGCCCCAUUGGCGAAAGUCAUAAGUAGUGGUGAAUCCGUGUCGCUACUAGAAAGUGCUUUCCAUAGUUCUAUAGAGAAAAGAGAGAAGAGCAGGCCGAUUUCCUUGACUUUCUUUUUUAUUAAACUUAUUAUAUUAAAAGAAUCGUUUGACUUUGAAUGCCGAAACCUUGAAAGCAAGGCUUUCCAUCCAUAGAAUCUCUUCCUUAUGCUAGCACUUUCAGCUAUCUUUCUUAACCUGGUUCUAUCAAACCAGCUUUGAAACUCCUACCAUCGUCUCAGUGAAGUAGCCUUAACAAAAGGGUUAUGGGAUACGAACGAUUAAGAGUUCUUGCUUAAAAUAAAAGGUACGUACUAACUGAGAGUUGAAUCUAUCCUGACUUUCAAGUAGUGCUUGAUUGAGGGACCCGAAUCCGUACUUUCCGGUACUAUGCCUACUCCCUUUUCCUCUUUCAAGUGGGUUGAACUCUUUCUAAGGCAAAAGGUGAGAGCAGACAGAUCUUCUAUUUAACUUAACAUAAAGCUAGGAAUGCCAAAUCCCAUAACUUUUCUUUCUUGCAUUACGUCAUUAACGUCUAGCUCACCCAAUCAUGCCCUACUCGCCUGAGAGGUCAAUGCCUUUCCUCUUUCUUUUGCUUUGGCCGGCUCUUAUUGAAGUCGCCCGACUCCACGUGUCCGCGAAACAGUUCCGAAGUAGCUUCACGAGUGAAUGAAGGCGCUGUAAGCGUUAGUGAAUACUCGUUCCAUGGAGACAAAGACCUCCGGCGUAAACGUUCCGUCAAACGUCACUUUUCUCGCUGUGAACCCUUUCGAUUAUUAGUAGCGGGUGGUGAAGUAGCCCUCUUUCUUUACAAAAAAGUGGAUACAUGCCCCUUUACUUGACAGGAUAUUCUUUUAGGAAAGCGCUAACGCCCUUUAAAGAAUAGAAGGUAAGGCAGUCAACCCCUACCCUAUCUAUAAAAGUAAAUUAACAUUCCUUGGUGGGAAUGAAAAGCCAGUACCCCUAUCACAACAAGGCAGAUAGCGGAAAGGUGAGCAGCUAUAGCAUCAUUGUUCAUCUUCCCCUGCUCCGCUCUUAGAAAGAGAGUCAACCGAUGCCUUUUAUUUUUGUUAAUUAACUUAGCUAGCACCCCUCAAACAUCUGCAGAUCGGAGUCGUUCACUUCCCUUCCUAAUGCGAAAGAGCGUAUUCUUUUAUUGCAUUUAUUGCAGCUAAUUACGAAUCAAAAUCAGUCUUGUCUGUACCCCAAUCCCAAUGGCUAAGCUAAUUCGGCUCUUAAGCCGGGAGCCUGGAACCCCUUAAAUCAGUUAAACCUCACUCUGGCCUUGCUUUCGGGCUAUUUUGUGUACAUUCAGGAGGAUCUUUCCUUAUCAGGGACUCUUUUACCUUGGAAAAAUCAUACAGUUACUCCAAGGGGAGUUAGCAGUACCAACGAAUGAUAUAAUGACUACUCUUGCUUUGAAGGUCAGGAAAGGUUUACUUAGUCUUUACUCUACCUAUUCCUUAUUAAAUUAACGGAUUUCUUUAAGCAAAGAGAUCUCCCAACACAACCUUUCUCUAUUACCCUCUGAUCACUGAAAGCCCCUUUGUCCCGGGAUCAACUCAAUCAAUGAUCUUGAACAGCAUCGAAAUGCAGCAGGGGUGAAUGUACCAGAAUUCAAAGAGGGGUCUUCCGUCUAUCACACACUUUCUAUCUAUCUCUCGCUUGCUCGGCAAGCAAAUAAAUAAGUAAUUUUUAUUCUUCCAGUACUUUCUAAGCCCUACUUUACUUAACUUAGGGAUUGAGUUCAGUUAGUAAGGGAGGUUGCAGGUUUGUUUUCAUUUAACAUAUUCAUUUCUCAACCAUUCCGGCUAAGUAUUUCACCUUGAUCCCUUUGUUUUCUAAAUUGACGUCACGGACUCCCGAAGCACGUGGAGUCGGGCCCUCCUGAGGAUAAUAGAAAGUCAAAUUCAAAUAUGGUCAACCGUAAUGUGGAGAACUUUCGUAAUAGCACUAUGGCCAAUCCUUUAAGACUACCUGUAUGGGUCACAAAUUUAGGCCUCGAACUCACAUCGAGGUAGGAGAACAAAUAAGACAGCCGCUGGCACAACUACUGCAGCAAACGCAAUUGCAGCAGGUUAGGAUGAGCCGGGCGCCCUACGAAACUAGACUAGACAGCAACAAUGUGAUUUUUGUGACUGUUCUGCAAUUUAUUCAUUUAGUAAUAACUGGAUUCCCUUGACCUUCGCGCCGGCGGAGAUAGUGGUUGUAGUGUGGACGACCUCGCCAUCUUUCACGUCAGGAUCCGUUGCUCAACCCCCUUAAGUCCGACAUGUGAGUAGAAGCACUGUGCUGAUUCUCCCCCACGUCCAGCGGUUGAAAAACUAGAACUCGACUCGAAGAGUUGAGAUAGCUAAUCCCUAAGCAAUCACUUAGCUGCAGUUAACCCUAGCCUUAAGUUAAGCGCGCUCCGAAAGAAAGUUUAUUUAUUUGCAAAGAAGGAGGUGGGUAAGCAAAGAAUUGACUUCCCAGGAAGGAAGCCAAAACGCUGUUAAUCCGGAAUCAAAAGCUAGAACUAGGGCAGUCCGCGAUUCCGUUUUCAAUUCAGGAUAAAACGGGGUUCGACAUCUGCGGAUUUGAUUGGUGGAGUCAGUUUUGAAGUCUCUGUCUCAUCUAGAACGGACCUAGGGCUAGGUCUCUUGGAGCUCCGCUCGUUGCUUUGAAGCCUACUCUUGCUGGCUUUCAAGCCGGAGUGCUUAUCGCUUUACGAAACCACUUCUUUUCCGUAUUUACGAACGAAAGGAUAAUCCUUAUUAAAAUCAUUUUUUAUUAAAAAAUUCACUAACCUAACAAAGUAUUCCAUAAUGCCGUUCUCGGGCAUUACUUCUUUGAGCCUCUAUCGAGGACAAGUUGGAAGGGUGACUAGUUUCCGGCUGAACCGUAGACUUUGUUUGAUGGGGUAUUCAACUCUUUUCUAACCGCGCCGCCGGCUAAGAUACUUGACGAGCCAGAAGACACCCCGGGCCCAGAUGGAAGACUCGAUCAAAGAUUGCUUGUGAGGUAGGUGAAAUUCCAACCUUUAUCCCCUAUCCAAUUUCGGGGUCCAAGGACUCCUUUUCUUUGAAUCUUUGAUUCAGGUGUAAAAAAAUGGCAUAAAUUCUUUCCUUUCAAAGUAGCUAGUAGCUAAACCGGAUUCAAUUGAGUUGCUUUUCGCCUUUGAAUGCAGAGCAAGUCGUCUCCUUCCUUUUGGGUUAGGAAGUGGCAGGCUCGGAACGGUUCGCUCAGCAGACUCCGUAUCGAUCGUAUUGGUAUCGGAACUAGUAUAACGAUUUGGCAGAUACAACUAUGUAUGUUUCGGUGAACUCUCCAGUGGUCUCAUCUUCUACGUGAACCUUCUCCUCGUCAGGUUCUGACUCUGCUUAUGGAAAAGUCGAGACAAGCGGCUCGGGUAAAUGCUACUGAGGAUGAGUUUGCUUUUCGGUUCAUGCUAAGGUAUCGGAAUUCCCCCUAAUAGAGUAUAUAGGGAUAUGAAUUGAAUUUCAUUUGUUGUACAGCUAUUAUAAAUACAAUGCCAGGCUCCCAGGGUUGGGUGAGCCAUUCCAUCACCUAAACUUCACAUGGUAUCAGCUCGUAACCUCGCUCCUCACCUAACCGAGAGAAAGCCUUAGCCGUCUUCUCCUUUCUUCCGGGAACUUCGCUAGAGCUCUGUUUAAGAUGAGAUGUCAUUUAUCUCUGAAGCUACAGAAUCUGCCUCCAGUCAAAUCCGAUCACCACCCUCUUCUUUUUGACCUGCAAAGUGACCUCAGCCGGCAUUCAAGAGACCUUUGUUCUUUGAAGCGGCUUGAUUGACUUAUACUAACUCAUAAAGAAAAAGUUUGGUGAGUUUGUGAAGGAAAAUUGGAACUCAGGGGGGGUCUUGUAUAUUAUAAAAAAGAAGCAGCUUUUUUUGGGGAGUGAUCUUCUAUCAAUUUAAUAAGAUCCCUACGCGACUCUCCCCUCUAUUUAAGUAAGAGGAGGUUGAAGCUUAUGGUAAGUAGCCUAAGCUUUAAGAGCCUCCAAUCAUGUUACUUCAGCUAUAUGCUUCACACAUGCAAGUCGAUUCGUCAUUUAGUUAAGAACGAGGAUAGUAGAGAUAGAGAGAGGGUUUUAGCGAUGUUCGACUGUGUAGGGAGAGGUAGGUAAAGCAGCCUUACCCUGUCAAAGUAAAAACGAUUCUCCAACUGAUGAUUUUUAAGUUUCGGAUGUGAAGGCUUAGGCUUCCAUUUUUGUUUUAGGUUUCAUUUCUCCCUUUAUUUUAGUGGGCGCUCAGUUCCUUCCCUUGCUUCAGGAAAUUCAUUAAUGCGCUACCUUUACUUUUGCACCAGCCUUGUUGAGGUAGAAGACCGAGUCUACCUUUUCUUCUUUGACACCGAGGCUUAUCGAGGCCCUUUUAGUACUUCCAUGCUUCCUUUUAUACAGUAGUAAUAGUCAUAUGCUAGACAGAUUAGGGAUUAACGAACAUAGGUCAGUAAUAGCCUACUUGAAUGGAACCGCAUUCACAUAGAGAGAAAAAAACUUAUUAAGG